CUGAAAUUUAACCCGAAAAUUUAAAAAUGUCGGAUCAAAAAAUUUCCGGCUCAAUUUCCCAGUGAAAUAAUCACAGAAAUCUUAACCCGAUUACCCGCACAAUCCGUUUGUCGAUUCAAAUGUGUUUCAAAAACCUGGAAAUCCUUAAUCUGUGAUCCCCAUUUCGUCACUUCCUACAUUGUUCACAACUCAUCUUCAUCUUCAUGGAUUAUCGUUGAUCGAUUUGUCACCGAGUCAAAAGAGAAGGUAACUCAGUUCAACCCAGCUCAAAACCCUAACAUUUCAUCACUUUCUGCAAAUCAUCAUCGUUUAAUUUACGAACCAGUUACUAGUGAGUGGAAACCUACCAAAAACCCACCUGUAAUUGUAGCUUCUAGCAAUGGGUUGCUUCUGUUUUCGUUUCAUAUCGAAAGAGAUCCCUUUGAGAAAAACCCGAAUCAAUUUUCUCAUCGCAAAACGGAUUUUGUUUUGGUUGUCAUAAACCCAGUAACCGGUGAGUGGGUCCCACUUCCGAAACCCGAGGACUCGAUAAAUAAGCUGAAUUCUGUAGGGUUCAUGUCAAGGCUUGAUUGUUCUUGUAAUGGGGUUGUGGAGAAGUUUAUUGUUGUCGAGUAUCAGCCCAUUGUUGGGAGUGAUUCUGGUUCUUUAUUGUGCUUUUCGUCGGAUACCGGCAAAUGGGUUGAUAAACCUGCUAGUUAUAUGCUUGGGAUGCAUUUUUGGAGGGCUGAAGGGGUGUUUGAGUUUGCUGGACGUUUCUUUUGGGUUGAUUUAAGUUGUGGGGUGAUUACUUGGGAUGAUGAUGACCCUUUUCGCGGUGUUGAGGAGGAGAAGGAGAUGGCUCGAUGUCGGUUUAUUCCGCUUCCUAAGGGGUGUAGGAAGCCCUUUAAUACUCUGAAAUUGGAGGAUGAACGGGACAUUUUCGGGGCUGGAGGGUAUAUUCACUAUAUGGAGAUGUUUAGAAAAGGAGAUUAUGUGUUGACGUUGUGGAGGUUAAAAGAUUUUGAAUCUGGUGUGAAUGAAUGGAAUUUGGUGUACAAUUUGUCUCGUGUGGAUGUUGAGUGUGUUCUUUGUUGUGGUGUGGAUAAGUCACUGCCCCGGCCUUGUUUCAUCCAUCCUUUUGAUGUUGAUAUAGUCUUCUUUAGCACGGAAGAUCGAAUCUUUUCCUAUAAUCUUCAGACUCAAAAGGUGGAGGCUGAUGCUAGCUUCACUGGACAUAAGUAUGUUAUCCCAUUUGUGCUCCCGUGUUGGCCAACUUUGCUUCCUCCCCGGUUGUAUGCUGCCUAUGCGAAAGAGGAGGGCAAUGAACUCUUUAAGAACAAGAAAUUUGAUGAAGCUAUAAAUUGCUAUUCCAGAAGCAUUGCACUGUCACGUACUGCAUUCGCUUAUGCAAACAGAGCAUUGGCAUACCUCAAGGUCUGCAGAUUCCGGGAGGCCGAGGAUGACUGCACUGAGUCCUUGAAAUUGCACGGCGAGUAUUUUAAAGUGUAUGCACGCAGAGCAAUUGCUAGGAAAGAACUUGGUAAUCUUGAAGGAUCUAUGGAGGAUAUUGAUUAUGCCUUGAAGUUGGAGCCACUUAACAAAGCAAUGAAGGAGCAACAUGCUGAAAUCAAGAUCUUGCUUGAGAAGGCUUCCUAUAUGGGAUCUGCUGCUCAUAUGGAGGAUUAACCGUGCACUUGUUGAUUGGUGUGGUGAAAGAACUGCAUAUGUUGCGGCAUUACAUCAGAAGUAGGCUGCUUCCAUUCCACUAAUGAGUAGAAACCUUGUCCAGCUUAAUUCCUUAGCUUAUCUAGUUGUCCCUCUAAUACUUAAUUAAGAAGCUUUUUCAGCUGAUAUCAGGCCUGUUAAUAUGUCUAUUGUUGCAACUUAGACUAAUGUAGAGAUGACUCGUAUCUAUUGAGACUGCGAGUCUGCAGCACCUUUUCAGUUGAGAUGGUUGUAGAACUUCGGCUGUAUCUGUUGUUAUCAUCGGAACUCUAUGAAUCACCUAGUUGUUUACAAGUUGUCAUACAGUGGCUGGUAUCUUGUUCUUACCCUCCAUUACCACCCUUUUUUCAGAUAUUGACUCAGUGACUUGAUUGGUGUCAUGGCGUGAAGCUAAUUUUCAUCAUUACUAUUAUGUGUUUUUUUUUUUAUUAUUCUGUUAGCUGGUAGUUGCUGAUGUCUACAGCUGCCAAAUUUGUUACCCAAGUGUUAGUUAUAUAUUUAUUCACAAAAGUUUGUGAUAAUUAUAACUUUCGUGUUACAAAGAUCAUUUGAAGGAUGAUUUGUCCAUAAAAAUUGUGAUCAGUCUCGAAGGUGAUAGAGAUCUAAUUGCUGAUGCUUCCUGAUUAAGUACUCGAGCUCUUAUCGUCAACCUUGGAAGUUUUUUGUUAUUUGUUACUCUUUAAUGGUGUAAUAAGGCUGUGAUUUCAUGCUCUUUAUGAUCCAAAGAGACACUUUAAAUUAUAUAAAUGGGGGGUAAUCUCAUUUGGAUGAUCCUUGAUGAGUCUUAACUUUUCAGUCAACUAAACGCAGGGAUGACGACUAAGUAUGAAUAACUCAGGCCAUAAUCUGAUUUAGUUAGCAUUUUAAGGGUUGAUAACUUGUCUCUUAAUUUGAACUUACUCCCAUGAAUAACUUAUAACCCCUCAAAAAAAAAAAAAAAAAAAAAAAAAAAAAGUUAUUACAGUACUAUUUAUAGAACUGCAGACACCAAUUGUUGUUAAACGAUAAAUCUAGCACCCACAAACUGCAUGCUCUGUUUUUUAAACUCGGAGA